AUGGCAGCAUGGUAUAUUCGAGAGGUUAAUUAUCCAGAGUGGCUCGCCAAUGUGGUUCUGGUCCCCAAGGGAGAAGGGAAGUUCCUCGGGUACAUCGUGCAUCAUCGGGGGAUCGAGGUGAAUCCCGAGAAGAUUAAAGCAAUACUAAAGAUGCCGACCCUAAGAAACAUUAAGGAGUGCCAGGAGGCCUUCAACGAGCUUAAGGCAUGUUUGGCCUCACCGCCUGUCCUCACUAAGCCAAGGAUGGGUGAGCCACUAUACCUUUACUUGGCCGUAGCAGAUGAGGGCAGUGAGCUCAGUACUGCAGAGGCUCGGUAUUCCCCCUUGGAGAAAUUAGCGUUUGCCCUGGUCGUCUUAGCAAGGAAGUUGCGACCCUACUUCAAGGUGCACUCUAUCACCGUGCUUACUGACCAGCCUCUAAGGCAGGUUCUGGGGAAGCCGGAGCUCUCAGGGAGAAUGUUGAAGUGGUCGAUGGAGUUAACAACAUUCGACAUAGAGUACAAACCUCGUUCAGCUAUUAAGGCCCAGGCCUUGGCAGACUUCAUCGUUAAAGGAUCUGGGCUUGGCAAAUCUCGAGAGGACAGCCUAGGACCAUGGAUGUUGGCAGUGGAUGGCAGCUCAAACCCUAGGGGUGGAGGAGCUGGGUUGAUGAUUAAGAGCCAUGAGGGUCAGUCCUGGUUAUACGCUCUUCAUUUUGAGUUCCGGGUGUCUAACAAUGAGGCAGAGUAUGAGGCCCUCAUAGUGGGGUUAAGGCUCGCCGCACAGCUUGGGGCGAGGCAUCUCAAUAAUAUGGAAGCAGACACCUUGUCUCGAAUCGCUUCGGCCUCUUUCCCAACCAAUUCUAGACAGAUUUUUAUCGAGACUCUACCCCAGAGAAGCAUUAACGAGAUUGUGGAGCAACUAUGCCUCGACCUAGAACCGAGUUGGUUGGACCCUUUUUUCAGUUAUUUGAAGGACGGCAAGCUGUUAGAGAGUGACUUAGAGGCCCGGGAGCUAAAAAGGAAGGCCCAGAAAUUUAUACUAAUCAAUGAGAAGUUGUACAAAAGAUCCUUCACUCAACCACUCUUGAGGUGCGUGAGGCCACGCGAAGUUGACUAUGUUUUAAGAGAGAUCUAUGAGGGAAUAUGUGGGAGUCACAUAGGAGCCCGGACUCUCUAUCAGAAAGCCCUUCGACAAGGGUACUACUGGCCGACUAUGGUGACUGAUGCAGAGCAGCUGGUCACAAAAAGUGAAAGAUGCCAACGGAUCUCCAACUUAAUUCAUGUUCAUAGUGCCAUGCUCGCCCACCUGGUUCAGCCGUGCCCCUUCGCCCAAUGGGGGACUGAUAUUCUAGGUCUGUUCCCACCUGUUGCGAGUCAAGUAAAAUUCUUGAUCGCAGCUAUAGACCACUUCACCAAAUGGAUAGAGGCCAAGCCCUUGGCCUCCAUCACUGCACGAAAAGUGAAGCAAUUUUUAUGGAAGAACGUGGAGUUGGGGAUCAAGCAGCACUUCACCUCUGUAGCUCAUCCACAGGCUAACGAGCAGAUUGAGCUUGCCAAUAGGACUAUGCUCUAUGGAUUAAAAGCCCGGGUUGACGAGGUAGAUGGAAGUUGGGUGGACGAGUUACCGAGCAUCCUUUGGUCUUAUCGGACCACGAGGAGGGGGUCCAUUGGGGAGACCCCAUUCAGCUUAUGUUAUAGCUCAGAGGCCCUUAUUCCGGUAGAGAUCGGGAUCCCAACUUUUAGGGUGGAGCAUUUUGACCCAGAGUCUAAUGAGCAAGACUUGAGGAAUAACCUGGAUACAGUAGAGGAACUUUGA